UCUCGCUCCAUCUCUGUUCUCGUGCUUCGUAUUAAAGUAAAUAAAAAAAAAAGUAAAAAAAAAAAAAUCAAGGUUGUCAAUUGUCAUAGUUGCAAGCAGCCAAGCACCGCCACCGUUGAAGUUGUGUUAAAGUGUUUGGCAAGUGACAAGCAUCUCUCUCCCUUUCUCAUCGCUUCUCCAUUCUCCAUCAAUUAGACAGGGUUUACUGGUUUAGGGUUUAUCGCCAUGGGAAGAUCUAAGAAAGCUCCCAAAUUUGCUGUCAGGAAGAAGCUUGUCACUUCCAAAACCCUUAAACAGCACAAGCAAGAGGUGUUAAACCCUAAAAAGAAGGACCUUGAAGCCGCCAAUCUCCCUAGAAAUGUGCCUAAUGUUUCAUCCGCCCUGUUCUUCAAGUAUAAUACCGCCUUGGGACCUCCUUACCGGGUUAUCGUCGAUACCAAUUUCAUCAAUUUUUCCAUCCAGAAUAAAUUGGAUUUAGAGAAAGCAAUGAUGGACUGCUUGUAUGCGAAAUGUACUCCAUGCAUUACGGAUUGUGUUAUGGCCGAACUCGAGAAGCUCGGUCAAAAAUAUCGUGUAGCGCUGAGGAUUGCAAAAGAUCCUCGGUUUGACAGACUCCCUUGUACCCAUAGAGGAACAUAUGCUGAUGACUGCAUUGUUGACAGGGUUAAUCAGCAUAAAUGCUACAUUGUUGCCACAUGUGAUCGUGAUUUGAAACGCAGGAUUAGAAAGAUCCCUGGUGUGCCGAUUAUGUACAUCACACAGCACAAAUAUUCCAUUGAGCGACUGCCUGAAGCUACAAUGGGGGGAGCGCCGAGAUACUAAUGAUCUUGCAAUGCUGUUGUUGGAAAGACAUUCAUCUUAUCUAUUCUAGGUUUUACUUCUGGUGUUGAGAGUUUCUGUACUUUAGGUGACUACUGGACUACUGGUCAAUGGACUUGCCUGGAAGAUGAAGAUUAUCUAUAUCUUGUUUGUGACCGUAGGGACUAGGGAGAGGGAGAGUAGCUCAGUGGCGAGGCAUCAGGAUUCUAGACUGUAACGAGUUUUAACUUCUAUAAUACGGAGUAUACUGUUUUCUUGUUCGGAUUACUACACAAGCUGUAGACAGACUUCAAAUUUUGGCUGUGCCAUGUGAAAUGCAAGUUUCAUAGUUGGUUUCUCGGACAGUUUAGGAGACUGCGCGUAAUUUGGUUAUGACUCAUGAGUCUUACCUUUGAUCUACAAGGAUUGAGAUGGGAAGACCUUGAAAGGACUCUAUAUCACGAGCCAACAAUGAAUGAUCUCAACGGUUAAAUUCCUUCAAAGUUAACUAGUCCUUGUGAACAUUGUUUUAUUUAAAAGAUCCCUAAACAUGUUAGUUUUCACAGUAUGAAUCGCUUUUGAAACUUAUGAUUAAUUUCUUUUAAGUGGUUGUCGCCUUUUCGGUAAUA